AUGGCGAAAGCUAAGAACGAACCGGCGAUCGUUGCCAACGAUGGUGCCAUUGUGGCAGUGCUACUAUUGAUGAUGGUUGCUCUAGCUGCCGAAAUGGUCUUCUGCAUCAUCCUCUAUGCAACAAAUCAAAAGCGAAUUGCGAAGCUGAUCAGCGGUUGGUCCAAUGUGGGGAAUGCCAUGAUCCACAUCCUUCUGGCAGUCGUCCUCUAUUCGGACACGGAGAGAUGUUUACAAGCCGGCAUUGACGAUGCCGAGAACUUUGCAGGGCCUCUCGUCUUGGUGUUCAUUAAUGGGGCGAUUGGACUGAAGACGCUUACAUCAGGAGGACCGUUGCUACCCUUGGGAUGGAAUGUCUUUGUGGCGAUCACGGGCAGUCUCGUUCCCAUUGUGUGGCCCAAGUUUGUGGAUGUUGGGCUUUCGACGUGGCCUUAUCUGAUUGUUGUGAUGUGGUUUGGGAUCUUCUGCUUUGAGAGCCUGGCCUUUACGGCUUCUUGUGCGUGGUAUGGACUGAGGAACUCAGAAGAGAAAGCAAAGACUAGCUAG